UGCUGCGGACGCUGAAAGAUGAGCUCCAUCUUUUGCAUUGGAAUUCGACCCGCUGGAGGACCCCGGGAAGGGUCGAAAGUCACCCUGUAGGGGCGAUGAGCAAGGAGGGGACCUCCUCUUGAUUGCAGCCCUUCCACUUGAUCCAAGGCAGCCCUUCAAACUGGUGGGGGAAAGACCGGCCAUAGCAAUAUGGCUCAUCACUAAGCUGCUGACAGCCGAACUCAAAAUUACUAUCAAGCACCUUUAAAGCAACGCGGAUGAAACUGGAAAGGAAAUGCCUUUUCUACACCCAGAGAUCUGACUUCCAUAUCUAUGUUCUGCUGGCAGUCUGUUUCCUCCUAACAGUUAUUUUCUUCAUUGCAGUUCUUUACAAAGUCACAACUCUUUCAUCAGAAAUGGACAAACUAAGUAACUUUAGGCAACAAAAAUAUUCCCUUGAUGACGCAUUGUUCCCUUGUGGCCCUAAUCACACACAAUGGCAGUACUUUCAUGGGAAAUGUUAUUUCUUCUCUCUGAAGAAGGCUACCUGGAGAUGGGCCAAUGAUCAAUGCAGGGACAAUCGUGCACAUCUGGUUGUCAUCGAUGAUAUGGCCGAACAGAUUUUCGUUCAGACACGAGCCAAGAAUGAGCGUUAUUGGAUAGGACUUACAGAUAUAGAAACAGAAGGAGAAUGGAAAUGGGUGGAUAGUACUAAUUACAGACUUGGCUUCACGUACUGGAAGCGAGGGGAACCUAAUAAUGAUCUGUCAAAUGAAGAUUGUGCACAUCUCUGGGGCAACGGAGAAUGGAACGAUGUUUACUGCACAUACUUAUGCUACUAUAUCUGUGAAAGAUAUAUGCCAAUGAUCUUCUAAAAGUCCUCACAGCACAGAAGAGCUGAGGGCCUAAUUGCCAAAUCCUGCAGAUUUUACCAGAGAUGUCUUAUAUCUCAUUUUUAAAGACAUUAAUGUUAUAAAUCCCAAAUGAUUAUUUACUAUUACUGCCAACUGCCAGGAUUUAGUUAUUUUGUAAUUCUGCAGCUAAAUCCAUGAAUUUCUUAGUCUGGCUUUUAAUAUAUUUUGAGACCUUAUGGGACGUGUACAUUCAAACAUCUCACAGUUCAUCUUCAUAUUUUAAAUAAUGUAAAUGGAUCCAGAGAUCCCACCAGUGGAGUCAUCUAGCAAAAUGUCAUCCCUUUUACUUAGCAUUCUAAUGGUGUUCUCUUCAUUUGGUUUGCUUUUUUUAAUGUAAAACUUGGAGAAAACAUG